AUGGGUGUUUCCUUCAAGAUCUCCAAAACUGGUUCUAGGUUUCGCCCCAAGCUUCUUCCCUCCCCUCUUCAACCUUCCCAGGAUGACCAAUCACACAAUUCCAGGUCUCAGAGUGAUCUUGUUGAGGCAGGUGAAAACAUUGCUGGGAGGCCGAAUGCACCCGUUUUGUCUGAAACUGUUUCAUUAGCAGAUAGGGAAGCUUCAUUUACGUUGAAUUUGUUCCCGGAUGGUUAUUCUAUUGGAAAACCCUCCGAGAAUGGUGCGGCAAAUCAGUCAUUUCCGAAGCUGUUACUUCCAUAUGAUAGGUCAUCCGAAACCCUUUUCUUGGCGAUCGAGUCAGGUCACUUGCCUGGGGAUAUUCUGGAUGAUAUACCUGCCAAAUAUGUUGAUGGGGCAAUUAUAUGCGAGGUGCGUGAUUAUCGAAGGUUCUCUUCUGAAAAGGGAGCUGGCACGGGGUUCGCAGAUAGUUCCCCAACUAUUGAUAAAGUAUGCCUCAAGAUGUCAUUGGAAAAUAUUGUGAAGGAUAUCCCAUCUAUUACUGAUAAAUCUUGGACAUAUGGUGAUUUAAUGGAAGUUGAAUCGAAGAUACUGAAAGCAUUAAAGCCAAGCCUUCAUCUAGAUCCUACUCCAAAAUUGGAUAGGCUGUGUGAAAGUCCAGUUUCAACAAAGCUUAACUUGCAGAGAAAGCGAUUAAGGAAUAUCCUAGAGUUUACUGUUACUUCUAGUAAUAAAACCCAUGGGAAAAAAGUAUGUAUAGAUAGAGUACAAGAGAACUCAAAUAGCAGGUUGGGUGAUCCAGGAAUCACUACAUCUAAUGCUACCGGGCAACAGACUCUUGAAAAUCCAGCAAUGCAAAAUCUUAAUUCAAGCAUUGUCAUGGCCAUGAGAUCUAAGAAUAUUAUACCAGAUUCUUCCAUCCCUGGAUUUUCUAUGAUGUCUCAUCAAUCGAGAUAUCCAAUGACUGUUGGAACUCCAAGAAGCUUGCAGGAGCAUGGAUCGAUUUCUGGUAUUAAUUCAUCUGGGGCUUCUCCUGCUGCCCAAGAUGUCAUGAUUUCCUACGCUGAUAAUCCAAACGCAAGUGUCUCUCUUCAUGCAAAAAGAGAGUAUCCGGAUGGACAAUCAUCACCUUUAUCGAAUAUUGCAAAAAGAAUGAGGUCUGCUCCCACAGGUGUUGAUGCAAUGCAGCAGCAGCAAUUAGGCUCACAUGUUGACGCUCUUCAAGGAUCAGAUAUUAACUGGCAGAAUACACUGUUACAGCAACAAGCAAUGGCCAGAGGUAUUCAGUAUAACAGCGGUGGCAUUCAGAAGUUUCCCCAGCAGGUUUUUGAAGGAGGGUUAAAUCAAGAAACUGGGGCUAUUCAAUUUGCUUCUGGUCAGCAGGGCAUGAGGUUAGUUGCCAAGGAAGAACAAUUUGAAAUGGAAAGAAUUGACGGUGCAGGGAUAAAUCGAAAUAAAAGUGAGUUGGAGAUGGAUGCAAGCAAUUUAGACCCACAACAAUUACGACUUCAGCAAAAAUUGCCACAUCAUGCAUUCAUGAGACCUAAUUUCCCACAGACAACCUGGAAUAGUCUGGGCCAGCAAAUUGAGAAAGAAGCCAAAAAGGAGGAUCAGUUUCAGAAAAGGAAACAAGUACAAAGUCCUCGAUUAUCUAGUGGGACAUUACCUCAGUCGCCAUUAUCUUCAAAAUCUGGUGAAUUUUCUAAUGGUUCAGUUGGACCAAGUUUUGGACCAUCUUCAAUGAACACUGCACCUGGAGCAUUACAAAAAGAGAAGGCAGCAAUGGCUUCACUUUCUUCUGCUGUUGGAACUCCAUCUUUGACUUCUAGUGCUAAUGAUUCUACUCAAAGGCAGCAACAGGCACAACUAGCUGCAAAACGCAGAUCUAAUUCCCUUCCCAAGACCCCAGCAAUGAGUGGAGUUGCUUCUCCUGCUAGUGUUAGUACUGGUGUCCCAUUCAAUACAAAUAGUCCCUCCGUUGGAACCUCAGCCUUUUCUGAGCAAGGUCUUCAAACUACCUUAGACAGAUUUUCAAAAAUUGAAAUGGUGACAGCGAGGCAUCAACUUCACUUCAAGCCGAAAAAACCGGAUCAGCCCAUUAAAAAGCAGAAUACAUAUUCAUCACAGCGUGUAGCAGCUCAUCUUGCAAAUGCAACUAAUAACGAGGGAUUGAUAGACGAGUCCAGUUCUUUGUCAAAGUCACUCUUAGGUGGUAGUAUGAAUGCAUGCAAAAUGAGAGUGUUAAGUUUCAUUUGGAAUGAGCGUGUAGUUCAAGGAAAUGUCACGACUUUAGUUCCCAGGUUUCGAACUAGGUUGAUAAUGGCUGAAAAGCCAUCUGAUGGUACAGUGGCUCUGCAUUACGGGGACAUAGAUGAAAGCGAUUUCAUAGCUGCAGAAGAUCAUCUCCCUACAUUACCCAAUACUCAUUUUGCGGAUUUGCUUGUCGACCAGUUCUGUUCACAGAUUGAACAUGAAGGAUAUGCUAAGGAAGAUGACAGAAUCCAACUCAGACCAAACCGUGUGAACCUUCCAUUGGGCAGUCAAUCUAGUUUACCUCCUAAUGAGAUGCAGCAAUAUGGAGAACCGAAUCUGGGCCAGUCAUGUAAUGAUAUGGCAAAACUAGCUAGUGGCAGUAAUGCAUCUUUAAGCAUGUCGCAGAAUCUGGUAGCAAACGCAAGGAUGUUGCCACCCGGAAAUUCUCAGGCUUUGCAUAUGUCCCAAGGACUUCUCUCUGGUGUCUCAAUGGCUCAAAGACCUCAGCAACUGGACUCACAACAACAAGCAGUUCAGCAGCAGCAGCAGCUGCUGCAACAAAAUCAACAAUCUCUCAUUCAACAGCAGAAUCCACAGUUCCAGCGAUCUUUGCUCAGCGCAAAUCAGCUUUCACACUUAAACGGGGUUGGACAGAACUCCAACAUGCCAUUGGCUACUCACUUGCUGAACAAGGCCUCGCCUCUUCAGUUUCAGUUGUUACAGCAGCAGCAGCAGCAACAGCAACAGCAGAGCCAACAAAUGCAAAGGAAAAUGAUGGGACUGGGAACAGCUAUGGGAAUGAGUAGCUAUAGAAAUAGCCUAGUUGGGCUUUCACCAAUGAGCAAUGCCAUGGGAAUUGGAGCUGCAAGGGGAAUGGGGGGAACUGGAAUCUCAGCACCGAUGGCGCCGAUUGCUGGCAUGGGAAAUAUGGGUCAGAACCCAAUGAAUCUUGGCCAGGCUUCGAACAUUACUAAUUCUAUAAGCCAGCAAUUUAGGCCUGCUGACAUUUUAUCAAAGAUUAAAAUGGUACAAAAUCGAGAAAGCAUGUUAGCUUCACCUCAGUCUACCAUUGCUGGCAUGUCAGGAGCCCGGCAAAUGCACCCCAGCUCAGCCAAUCUUUCAGCGUUGAGUCAGUCUCUGAAUAGAAAUACUAUGAGUAACCUGCAGCGAGCAAUGGGUCCUAUGGGCCCACCAAAGCUUAUGCCAGCAAUGAAUCUUUAUAUGAAUCGGCAACAGCAGCAGCAAUACCAACAGUCCCAACAGCAGCAACAACAGCAACAACAACACCAAUCACAACAACCGCAGUUGCAAAUACAACAUCCACAGCAGCAUCAUUUACAUCAGCAGUUGCAGCAGCAAUUACAGCAACAACAGCAGCAAGAAACAUCUUCGCAAUUGCAUACAGUUGUUUCACCGCCACAGGUGGGAUCACCAUCUACUAUGGGAGUUCCACCCUUGAGCCAACAAACACUUCAGCAAGCAAGCCCUCAGCAAAUGAGUCAAAGAACUCCAAUGAGCCCUCAGCAGAUGAGCUCGGGGGCAAUUCAUGGCAUGAGUACUGGUAAUCCUGAAGCCUGUCCAGCAAGUCCUCAGUUGAGCUCUCAGACACUAGGCUCUGUUGGUAGCAUAACCAAUUCCGCUAUGGAUAUGCAAGGUGUUAACAAGAGCAAUUCUGUCAACAACAACAAUGCACAGUGA